AUGUUCGAUUGUUCUAAUAAGAAUUACUCAACUAGUGAAGAGGAUCAAAGCUACUGGUCUAACGGAACCUUGGAAAGUAUUGAUGAGGCUGAAUCUUCACCUUUACCAGAGAGAAUCCCCAACUCAAAGACGUUGCAAAAUAGUUGGGUUACAAUUGAUUCUAACUCUGAUGCUCCCAGAGUUGUCUGCAACUACAAAAGAUGCCUUACUAGUUGGCUUCUUAAUCACUCAGAUAGAUUAAUCAGAGAACAUUUUAAAAGUGCUCACGGUGUCAAAGACACGACCAAAAGAUUUAAUAUACAUGCAAGAGUUCCAGGGAUUGCCGACUUCUACACUGGAAAACCUGCUCCUGAGGAGCUCAAGUCCGUGUCUAGCUGGACACCGGCAACAAAAGAUAUUAUGGUCAUGUUUUGUAUGGGGAAUUAUGCUUACAGCUCCAUAAAUUUUCCUGGAUAUCAGAGAAUUUUGGAUAAUGAGAUAACAAAUGUGCCAUCAUUGAAGGAAAAGAUUCUGCAACUCGAUUUAGCAAUAUUCAAAAGGCUUAAAAAUAUUUUCAAGAGGAAAGGAGCCGUAUCCUUAUGCUUUGAUGUAUACAAGUCUAUAUCAAGUGGAGAUCUUAAUCUUGCAAUUUUAGCUGUUUUCCAGAGAGGUGAUUUCCUUACUCCUGAUGAGAGCACGGCUGUUGACGAGAAAAUUUACGUCAUUUUGGAUCUUGUAUUGAUUGAAAAUGAGUCGGUACAAGGUAUCAAGGAGACGAUAGAGAGUGUAUUGGUCAAAUAUGGGAUUCAAGAAAAGGUUAUAUCCUAUACCUGUGAUAAUCUUGUAACCAAUGAGGCAGUUAUUAGGGAACUAGGCUCGACUUCAAUACCAUGUAUUUUACACAGUAUUAACUUAUUUGUCAAUUGUAUCUUGACAAACCUUGUGGCGGUGGAUCGAAAUCAACUGACAAAGAGCAGGUAUUUGAUAAAUAAAGAGAUGAUACAGACAGAGAUUGAUCUUUACACGAAGUUGAGAACUAUAAGUUGCAAGAUAAAUGGAUAUGGUAAAUACAAGGCUGUAAUUAGGGCAAUAGUUGGAAGCGUUCCACCUUUGCCAGUGGCUACUAGAUGGUCAUCCAGAUACAGGACCUUUGAGUGGUAUCUGAAGUACAUAGAGAUGUUACUUGAUUCAAAGAUUCCGGAGAUUACUAAUCUUUUUUAA